CAUUUGUUGCAUUAGUUGACUUGACUUGGCGACGACUGGGUUUAAACGAGCCCAGAUCCAGAACUCCCCGAGCCAAUGCAGUUGACAGCAAGAGGUUCCAUGCCAGCGACCCUGCAACGCUCUCCAUCCAAGCGGCCAUGGCCGUCUUUGGAGCAAAGCUCAAGUAGCUGUGCGCGUGUUGCGAGCUCAGAUAGCUCGCUUCAUGGAUGGAGCUAGCCCUUCAGCUUCAUACUUGCAGUGUGCUUCCCGUCCUCUUUGCGCAGAGGAAUGAACGGAAGAGGGCGAAGCCAAAGUUUCUCGACCCUAAAACCGGCGUGCCAGUGACCCAAAGAGCUCCGCCGGCGGCGUGGUCGAUCUCGGCUAGCUCGAAACCCACUCAGGCAGCAGUAGCUCAUGCCGCGGAGACGCGCGCGAGGCCUGGUUCAUGCGCAGCAAGUCAGCAACUACCGCAGCCGCUGAAGCAUCAGCCUCCGCCGCAUGUCGUCGAUCGAGGCUGUGCCGUGCAAUCGCAGGAUGAGAGAUAAGGGGUUGAAUAAUGAAGAAAAUUUCUAGAGAUGGCAUAAACAAAUACUCAUCGGGAGCAGACGCGAAAGCAUGUAAAAGACGGCUCCUCCAACCUGUGCCAAUUGCCGUUAGGAGAUGACGAGGUAAUUUAUUUGUUGGUGAUCUAAAAUUUUCUAGAUGUUAUGAAUUUGGAUUUACAAUAAUGAUAUAAUUAUAGAUGGACAGAAGAUGGAUGUACGAUGCGAGCUGUGUGAGCACGGAGUACAAGAAUGCACGUGGAUUAUUUUCUGGUAUAAGCCGCGACCUACAAGUCAAAUACAAUCUCAAUACAUGUGAUGUACAUGCGUCGAUUGCGAGAACAACAAACAGUUUUUCACCACCCAGCAGAUACAUUGCCACUUGAUGCUAAGGAGCUUUAUGCCUGGCUAUACUUGUUAGACCGAGCAUGGUAAAGCUGAGAUCGUAUAGGAAGGGCAAUACAUUGGCAGAGAACACGAAGACUUGUGCACCGAUAUGCCGACUGACGAAUACACCAAUAUACUGCCAGCUGGAGAUACAUUGGUCGAUGAUGAUCUAGAGGAGAUGUUGUCCGUCACCGACGCCAACACCGAUUAUCUGGAGCAGAUGUUGCGCAAUGGGGAGGGGAACUUCACUAAUGAAAUAGAGUUUCAAAAGUUCAGCGUAUGGUAGAGGACUCUAAAACACAGUUAUUUUCGGGCUACUAGAAAGAGCACAUAAAGUUGCGCACCAUACUUUCACUGCUACAAUUGAAGGCAAGCAACAUGUGAUCUGAUACAAGCUUCAAAAAGUUAUUACUGUUCUUACAGAAAUUGCUUCCAAAGGGAAAUGUGCUACCAGAAAACACGUACCAGCCAAACAGGUUGUGUGCCCGUUGGGGUUGAAAAUGCAGAAAAUACAUGCAUGUCCAAAUGAUUACAUGUUGUAUCGUGGAGAGCAUACAGACUUGGAAGCGUGUCUCAUCUGUGGUGCAUCACGGUACAAGCGUGACCGUGAUGAUAUCGAUGGUUAAGGAAAGAAUAAAAGGUCUCCCGUCAAGGUGAUAUGGCAUUUUCCUAUAGUCCCCCAUUUAGAGCGUUUAUUUGCGAACAAAAGACAUGUCGAACUGAUAUAGUGACAUGUCAAGAAGCACAAGGAUGAUGGAAUACUUAGACACCCCAUUGAUUCUACGUAGUGGAGAAACACCGAUAGGAAAUAUAAGGAGCUAUUUGCAGAAGAUGUUAUGAAUAUAAGAUUUGGGUUGAGUACGGAUGAGAUGAAUAUAUUCGGCAAUAUGAGUAGUAGUCAUAACACUUGGCCUGUGACUCUAUAUACCUACAACCUUACUCUUUGAUUAUGUAUGAAGCGGAAGUACGAUAUGAUGCUGGUGCUGAUACCAGGGCCGAGGCAAUCUGACAACGAUAUCGAUGUCUACCUGAAACCAUUAAUGGAAGAUGUUGUAAUUCUAUGGAACAAUGGUGUGCAGGUAUAAGAUGCAUACAAACAAGAGAACUUCACCCUGCACGCAAUGCUGUUCGUAGUGAUCCAGGAUUGGCCAGCCCUUGGCAACCUAUUGAGCAAGACUAUUAGAGGCUACUGUGCAUACGUGCAUUAUUUGGAUGAAACAAAAAGCUUAUGACUAAAUAAUAGCAAAAAAAUAGUGUACCUAGGUCAUCGUAUAUUUCUUCGCAAGGAUCACCCGUACCGCAGCAACAUGAGAGAUUUUGAUGGAAAAGUUGAGACUCGAUCACCUCCUAAUCAUCGCACUGGGAGACAAGUAUUCGAGAUGGUAAAUGGACUUAGGGUUAUCCUUGGAAAGGGACGCGAGAGUACACCGGUUCUGAAAUCUUAUCUUAGAGCUACUAUGUUCAAAAACAAAUUUGUUUUUUAACUUAUUGGCUGAAUUUGGUGGUUUGACACGUAAUCGUUUUCAUGCACGUUGAGAAGAACAUGUGUGAAAGAGGUUUCACUGCCAGUGGACAUAGUGGGCCGGCAGUGAAACUAGUUUCGCUACCUAUGGACUUAUUAGGCCGGCAGUUAAAGUAGUUUAACUGCCGGUAGUCCUUUUAAACCGACAGUAAAGAUACCAUUUCAUUAAUUA